AUGUUAAGAAGUAAAAAGAAAAUAAAGAAAAAAAUAUACAAUGAUGAAUUUAAUAAUAUAAAUAAAAAUAUUAAAGAUAAAUAUACAUUUAAAUAUUUAAUAGCUGUUGGAGGAUUUUCUUGUGUCUAUAAGAUAAAAAAAAAAAAAAAAAAAAAAUUUUACGCAUUAAAAAAUAUAAAGUUUUCUGCAAAUAUAUUUAAUUAUGAAAAAAAAAUUUUGUUAAAUUUAAGAGAAAUUGAAUGUCUGAAUAAAUUGAAGAAUCACCCAAAUAUUGUUAGAAUGCAUGAUUGUUGGUUAGAAGUAAAUGAAGUUUUAUCAAAAUCAAAAAAAAAAAAAAACUUAAUUAUUUCAUUAUCAGGAAAAUUACAAAAACAUAGUAAAAAAAAAUCUUCAAAUUCCUUAAAUAAUAAUGAAUCAUUUUGUUUAAAUAAAAAUAAUAAAAGUGAAGUUACUAAUGAUAACUUAUUGAAAUUAUCUAAAAUAAAGAAACUUGAAGAAAUAAAUUACUUUAAUAAUAAUGAAGAAUUUUAUGCCAGUAAAUGUCAAUUAAUAACUUCUAAAAAUAAACAUGAUCAAAAUGAAGUAUGCAAAAUCAAAAGAAAUUCUGUUAAUAAUUCUAAAAAUUUGAAAAAAAAAAAAGGUAAAAACAGUGAGAGCAUAAAAGGAGUGAAAACUGUAUUUUUUCCAGAAAUAAAUUCAUUUAGGAAAAAUAAUUCACUCUUCAAAAUAGAUAGUUAUAAUAAAUGGAAAAUAUUUCGAUUAUAUGAAAAUUAUUUGAAAAAUGAGAAUUUUAAACCAUCUCAAGAUAUAUAUAAAAUGAAUGAUUUAGGUCAUUUAUAUAUGAAUUUAACAAAAUAUAAUGAUGAUCUAAAAAUAUUUUAUAUUUCUUUUUCAAAUUUAUCAAAUAGUCUCUCAUAUAUUCAAAGCAUAUUUAAAAAUAAAUAUGAAUUAGACGAUUUUAUUUUCUGUAAGAAUAAUAAAAUUUUAUCAAAUUUUAAUAAAAUAAAUAAGCAUAUAAAUGAUUUUAAUAACUUGUUAUCUAAAAACAACUAUGAUGAUUCUUGUAUAUAUAAAAAACUUAGUAGUAUACUAAGCAUUGAAGAAAAUAAUAAUAAACCAUAUAAUUUUUUGUGUAGAGAUUUUUUAUGUAAUAAAAUAAAAUGUAAGAAGAGUAUCUAUGCAUAUAGAUACAGUAAUUUUAUUCUAAAAAAUUAUUUUUCUUCUAAUUAUAUAAAAAUAAAUAAAAACCUCAAAAAAUCCAAAGUAAAUAAAAAUAAUAAAAUUAUUUAUAAGCCUAAAUUGAAGAGAAUUAUUAGUUUUCUUACAAAAGGAAAUAUACGUAUUUACAAGGCUAUAGGAAAAUUUUUAUAUCUUGUAGGAAAAUCAAAGUUAAAUUUAAAGAGAUCAAAAAACAUUUUAAAUAAUUAUUUAUUAAAAAAUAUAAGAUUAAGUUCUUUAAUUUGGAAUAAUUUUAACGGUAAUAAUGUAAAUAAUUUCGUACAUCCAAAAAAAUAUGAGUUGAGUAAUGAUGAAUGUUCUAUAAAACAUUACAUUCUUUACGAAAACACAAAGAGAUACUUAUAUAAUUUAACUAAUUCUUAUAAUGUUACAAAAAAAAAGAAUAAAAGAGAAAAAAUUGUUUUAAAAAAAAAAAAGAAAAAUAUUCUAUUUUUUUCAUUUGAUAAUUAUUUGUUCUUAAUAAAUAAAGCUCUAAAAUUUUUUAAAGUAAAAAAUGAAAAGGUUGUUAAAAUGGUUCCAUAUAAUUUAUAUGUUGAAUUAGUAAUUUUACUUUUUGACUUAUUUUAUAACAAAGAUAAAAAAAAAAAAGCUAGUGUUAUUUAUACAAAUUUUAAAAUUUUAAAAAUAUUACAACAUAAUUUGAAUGUAAAUAGGUUAGAUGAUGAUUGCAAUGACAUAAAUAUUAAAAAAAAAAAUGUGAAGUCAACUAUUUUAAAAUUUUAUUUUUUAUUAAUUUUAAAAAAUAUAGAAAUAAAUAUGAAAAUAUCUUUUAAUUUUUUCUUAAGAAAAAAAAAAAAUAUGUUUUUAAUUAAUAUAAAUUAUCAAAAUAGAAUACUAAAAACCUACUUGAUAAUUUUAUUUAAAAUAUUAAAAAGUAGAAGAGUUUAUAUUUUAAGUAAAAUUCAACAAAAAAUAUGUGGUAUACUAAAAGACAUGAAAGCAUUUUAUAAUAUAAUAAGGAAUAGAUAUAUAAAUAAUUUUAAAAAUAAAGAUUAUGUAAGUAUUAAAAAAUGGAAUAGAAUUAAUGAAUUGUUAUUACAUAAUAAAUUAAAAUAUAAUAAAGUAUUAAAAAAUAAGAAUUAUGAACUUGAACUAAAUCAUCACAAAACUAUAAUUAAAAAAGAAAUACAUAAAAGUUACUUAAGUUGUAAAAGAAAAGAUAUUGAUGAUAAUAUUAAUAUUUUAAAAUAUAGGAAUAAUUAUUAUCCAUAUUUCAUUAAUGAAAAUAAAAAUGAUACUGUAAAUUCGCAUAUUGAGAAAUAUAAUUUUGAUUAUUUUUAUAACAUGAAAGAUUUAAAAUAUGAUAACAAAAAUAUUAAUAAAGAUAAAUUAAACUCGAACUUAGUAAACUCUAUAUUUAAAUGUGAAAAUAAUUUAAUUGACAACGAAUUUUAUAAUUUUGUUAAAAAUAAUAAUAUAAAAAAUACAACAGAAAAUAACAAAAAUGUUAAAAUAUCAAUUACCUCUCCAGUAAAAAAUGAUUUCAUUCAUCAUAAAAAGUUUAUCAGAUAUAAAUAUACGGAUACAUAUUUUAUGCAUGAACUAAAAAUUAUUAUAAAUGAUAAUAUUAUGAAGAAAAGGAAAAUACCUUAUUAUAAAAUUGAUAUAUAUUAUAACAAUUACUUUUUCAACAGUAUUUUUAAUUAUGAUGAAAAAAUAACUUUAACAAAAAAUCAAUUUAUAAAAAUUAUUUUCAGUAACGAUAAAAUUUAUAAAAAUGAAGAACUUUUAGAAUUAAUGAAAAAUAAUUCAAAAAAUGUUUUGAAUUUAUUUGAAAAUAUAUCUUACAAUAUUAAUAAUUUAAGACAGUUAAAAAAUAUCAAAGAUAAUAGAAAUAUAGAUUAUAACGAUCAUGGUAAAAUGAAGGAUGAUUAUUCAAAAAUUGGUAAUAAAAAUAAUAGUAAUCAUAAUCAAAUUAAAUUAGAAAAAAACAAUUUAUUAAAAAAUAGACAUCUAAUGCAGGAAAUGAAUGUUAACAGAAAAAUAUUUUUAACGAAGAAAAAGAAAAUUUUAUGCAAAUACGAAAAUGAAGAAAUUCAAAAUAAUAUAUAUGAUACAAAUAACAUUCAAAGUCCUUUAACCUAUACAAAUACAGGUCCACUUCAUAAAAUGAAUAUAUAUCAUAAUAAAGAUGAAACAAAUUAUUUUUUAUUUAAAAUUCAAAGUAAUAAUAAUUUAUUUAAUAAUAAAAUAAAAAAAAAAGAAAAGAAACAUCGUAAAAAAAAUCUCGAAAAUAAAAAAGAAAUAUUAAGCAUGAUGAAUUUUAAUCAAAAAUACAAUAAAUUAAAAAAUAUUAAUGAUAAUAAAUUCAAACAGAGUAUAAAUAAUACAAAAAUUAAUUAUAAGAAGGAACAUAAUAAAAAUAUAAACAUUCUUGAAACAUUAUAUAGUAAUUUGAUAUAUUAUAUUAUCUUAAUUUUCCUAAAUGAAUUUUCUAUAUAUGAAAGAAGUACAAAUUAUCAAUGCAAUAUUUUUAGUGUCAAUUAUCAAAAGGUAGAUUUUUUAUUUUAUUUAAAAACAAAUAUAUUUAUAAAAUACAAAAAUGAAAAAGAAAUUUUUACAGAAAGCAAUAAAAUAGAUAUUUUUUUUGAUUUAUGUAAUUCACUUAUGACAAAACACAACGAAAAAUAUCAUAUAUUAAAUUAUAAAAAAUUAAAGUCUUUUUUUUCUAAGAGUAAUACUAAUAAAUGUUUAAAAAGAAAAAAUUUGAAAUUUGUUUUUGAUUUACUCUAUAAAGUAUUAAUUAUUUAUAAUUAUUUAUUGACAAUUAAAAUUGAAAAUAAUAUAUAUGGUAAUAUGUUUUUCCUAAAUUUAUAUAUUUUAUAUAGCUUUAAAAAUAAAAAUUAUUUUUUUUAUAAAAUUACAAAAAAUUGUCAAUUUAACAAAGUAAAUGUAGAAAAGGUAUAUUUUAAUAAAAUUAAGAUGUUCUAUUAUUAUAUGUUUAGUAUCAUUUUAAAAGUAAAUGAGAAUUAUUUUGAUAGUAUUUGUGAAUAUAGAAAUUAUCAUUAUUUGUUAAAUAUUUUGAAACAAAACUUUUUAACAUAUAAUAUAUAUAUUGAGUUAUUCAAUAUAUUCACACAAAAAAUUUUUAAAAAUUUUUAUUCAUUUAAUAAAAAUUUUAAAAAAUAUUAUAAGAAAAGUUAUAAGUUGUGUAAAAAAAAUAUGAAUAAUGUCUUUUACAUCUCUUGUAUAAAAUGUUAUAAAAUUUAUUUAUUGAGAUUUUAUAAUAUGGUUUUAAAUAAAAUUAGACAUUAUGAAGUUAAAAUAAUCAAAUUAUUUUGCCUCAUAGAAGGAAAAUAUUUAAAUAGUUUGAAAUGCGAUGACAAAGAUUAUUUUGUUAACUUAUUUAAGAACAAUUUGUAUAAUUUUUUGAGAAAUAAUAACUUUUUAAAAAAUAAAAGUAAUAUAAUUCAUUCAUAUAAUGUUUAUUAUAAUAGGAAUAUUAAAAAUAAAAUAAUGGAUGAACUAUAUAAUUUUUUUAUAUGUAAUAUUCAUUUUUACAAUUAUUACGAAAUAGUUAAGAUUAUUAAUCAAAAUAUUUUAAACGAAUUAACAAAUAUCCCAUUUUUACAUAACUUAACAAAUGAAAAAAGAAGAAAAACGUUUAUUCAAAAAUACAAAAAGGAAAUAGUUAUAUUUGAUGGAAUAAAAGAAAAAUACGGAAAGAAAAAUAUUUUUAUGAAUAAGUUAAAAAGUAAUAAUAAAAUGUUAGACGGAUAUAAAUAUAAAUUAUUUAAUUAUAACAUAUUAAGUAAAAACAAAAUUACUUUUUAUCAUUAUAAUUUUCUAAUUAUAUAUAUAAUUAAUUUUUUAAACUAUAGCAAUUUGUUAACAAACAUAUAUAUGAAAAAAAAUGAACAAAUUAGUUUAUCACAGGAUGAAGAAGAAAUAAUAAAUGAUUUAUUUGUUGUUAAUUUUAAUAAUUAUUUUAUAUAUUAUAUAUAUUUCUUAACUAAAAUAAUGAGGUAUAAAAAGUUUAAUAACAAAAAUAUGGAUUCCUUGUCUCUCUUAAUAGAUAUAACUAUUAUUAGAAAAACAACUUUAGAUAUAAUUUUUAAUAUAAAAUCUAUUAGUAGCAGUUUAUUUGUUAUGAAUCCUUUAUUAAUUUUUAAAAACAUUUUACCUCAGAAUAGAUCAAAUUAUAAUAUAAAAGAUUAUAAUUAUAAAAAUAAUGAUAAUUUGAGAAAAAUUAAUUGUAAUAAUAAGAAUAUAUGUUAUAACAUUUUUAAAAGAUCAAAUAAUUAUUUACAUAUUUUUUAUUACAAUAUACUUAAGGAAUGUUUUAAAAAAUAUAGUAGAAUUAUAUUACUUCUUCAUUAUUAUAUAUUGAUAUUUAAAAAGUCCAUCAGUUUAACAAAAAAAAAGUACAUAAAGAAAUGUAUAUUGGAAAAAAAUAAAAAAUUUGUUAUCUAUAAAUCUGUUAUAUUUAAAAUAAAUAAAAAGAAAUGGAAUAUAAUAAAACACAAUAGUUUAUUUAAAACUAACAAAAAUAAAAAAAAAUGCAUUUUAAAAAGAAAUCAAAAAAAGUUAGAAGACAAAUAUUUUAUUAAUGAUAUAAUAAAAAAUAGUAUGAAAACUAAUUUUUUAUAUCUUAAUGUUACAAGAGUUAUUUAUAAAAAAAAGGAAAAAUAUUUUAUAUUAAAUAUUGUGAAGGAUAAAAAAUAUUCCCUUCAAUAUUGUAAUAUUUUUGAUAUAUAUUAUAUGAAAACUCAUAGGUGUAAUAAUUUUAAUUCUUUUCAAAUAUUCAGUGAUUAUUCUAAAGAAGAAAUAAUAAAUAAUAGUAGCAGUAUAUCAAAUUUAAAUAAUGAUCAUGUUCAUUAUAUUAAACAAAUAUAUAUUAAUAGUUUAAAAAAAAACAAAAGUCUUAUAUUUUUAAAAGUACUCUUUAAUGAGAUUAAUCCUAUGAAAAAAUGUGAAUUCAAUAAAAUAAAAUUGAAGAAAAAUAAUUUUAAUUUUAAUAACAAAUACAAAAAUAAAAAAAAAAAGAACACCAUUCAUAAUUUGGGAAAAAAAAAAGUGGAUAUAUUAAAUGAUAGAAUAGCAUUUAUAAACAAACGGAAGAAUGAAAAAAUAAAAAAAAAAGAAAUUGAACACUUUUUUGAAAAUAUUCAAUAUUCCAGUGAAAAUGAAGAUUUCAAAAUAAUUUUUGAAAACAGCAGUAAUAACAAAGGGAAAAAAAUUAAAAAAAUAAAAAAUAUGAAAAAAAGAAAAGUUGUAUUAAAAUACAAAGGAAUUAAAAAAAAAUACACAAGUCUUAACUACACUAAAACAUAUCACAAUAUUCUUAAAAGAAAGCAAAGAAAUAUAUCUUCAUAUCUCUAUAUUAAAAUUUUAAGUGAUGCAUUAAAUGCAAAAUAUAUCAAUUUCAUUACUUUAAAAAAUAGAUUUAGUCAGAAUAAUGAUAAAAUAUAUAACUGUCCUAUAAGUAAUUCAAAGAAUUUUUUGUUAUUACGUAAAAAUAAUAAUAAUUGCUCUAAUAUAUUAAAUAAAGUUAAUAAAUCAAAUAGCUUUAAUAAUUUUACUUAUAAUAAUGAAGUAUGCAAUAAUCAAAAUUUUAAUAAGAUUAAUGAACAUAUUUACGUUGACAAAAAAGAAAUUAAUAAUGAUAGAUUUAUUAAGAACUGUUUUUCUUCAAGUAUAGAAAAACAUUAUAAGACUUUAGAAUUUAUGAAUAAGGAACUCCUGAUCCGAAAUUCAUCAAAUGAGUAUUCACUUUUAAGAAAUAAAACUCAUUUAUAUUACAAUAAAAAUAGCAAAAAGAAAUAUAAUCAAAAUAGUAGAAAAAAUAUGAAUAAUUAUAAUGAUUAUGGUUAUUUUAGUAUUUUAGAAAAUAAUACUAUAAAGAAAUUAUUAAGUUAUUCAAGUAGUAUUUUGGAUAAUGAGAUUUUAAAAGGAGAUACAUUGGAAAAAAAUUUAACACAUUUUUACUCUGAUGAAAUAAAGAGUAAUAAUGAAUUAAAUUGUGAACAUUUUAACAUAAAUUAUAAUAAAAAUAAUAUGGAUAGUUUUAGGAAUCAACUAACUAAAAAUUACGAGGAUCUGAUGUAUAAUAAUACAACUUGUUCCUACAAUGAAUCAUCCUACAAGAAAAAAUUAAAAUUUUAUUAUAAAACAAAUUUAUAUACAAAAGAAAUAAAAAAUAAAAAAAUUAAUUUUUUUUUUUUUCAAAAACGAAAUCAGCUAAAUUAUAAACAAAAAGCAAAAUUUAAGUCCAAAAAAAUAAUAAAAAAAAUAUGCGAAAUAAAAAAUGAUUUAAAUUUAAAACAAAAAAAAAAAAAAUUAGAUGAAAAAAUAGAAAUGUAUUCAUCUAGUAAUAAUUGUAUAUUAUUCAAAAUUUCGAGAAAAAACAAUAAAAAAUAUAUGAAAACUAAUCUGAAUUUUAAUUCUCCUAAAUAUUUUACGACGAUUUAUAGUGAAAGAUUACAUCCGUUGAAAUCAUCAAGAACUUUUCAUAAUAUUCAAAAUCAAGACACUUUAAUUGAAAACCCUUAUAAAAAUAACAGUUCAAUAAAAAAAAAAAAUGAAAAGGUUUCCGGAUUACUUAAAAUGGAUAUAAUCCAUAUUAAAUUAAUAUUUCUUACUAAUUUAGUAAAUUCUUUUAACUAUUUUUAUAAUAUUUCAAAAUUAAGUAUAAUUAAUAAUAUGUAUUUUAAUUUAUUUAAAACCGAAAAGAUAUGUUAUGUACUUUUAUGCUUAGAAUACCUUAAAUUUCUUCGUAAAAGUUAUUUAAUAAAUGAAGUAGACUUUAAAAUGAAAUUUCCUAUAAGAAAUGAAUAUGAAAAAAAUACCAUUUGUGAUAUUAACUCCGAUAAUAAUAAUAAUAAUAAUAAUAAUAAUAAUAAUAAUAAUAAUAAUAAUAAUAAUAAUAAUAAUAAUAAUGAUAAUAAUAAUAGUUAUAUAUUUAAUAUUCUAAAUAUAGAAUACAUUGAAAAAUUAGAAAAUUUUCUAAAUAAAAUCUUUUUUAUUAUAAUAUUUCUUGAAAAUGAUUACAACUAUUUUUACUAUAUAAACCAAAUUAAAAAACAGAAUUUUAAUUAUAAUAAAAAAAUUAUGAACACAAGGAUGAUUAUUACCCCAUAUAUGUAUAAAUUCAAAGUAUCUAAUAAAAUAAAAAAAAACAUUAUUAAAAAAAAAAAUAUCGUAUAUAAUAAUAACAAAGUGCUUAACGUAAAGAUGAAAAAAAGUUUUCUUUUAAGAAAUAAACUAACAAAAACAAGGAACGAAAUAAAUAAAAGGAGAAAUAAAAAUCUUACAUUUGUUAAUUCACACAUAAAUAAUAAAGUAAUAAGAAAUCAGAUAAAACAAAAUUUUUUAAAUGUUUCUACUAAUGUUGCAUCUUUUAAGAAAAUUCUUGAUAAGAGUUUUCAUUUUCUAUUAACAGUUAAUCAAAUAAAUAUGAAAAUAAAUAAAAAAAAUGAGUUUUUAUAUGAAAAUAAAUAUUUUUUUAAAGACAUCUUUUUAAAUUUUCAAAGAUAUGCGUCUUCUUCUUUAAAGUAUAAUUAUUUUUUUCAAAACAAUAUAAUUUAUAAAAACUUUAAAUAUUUUUUUUUUCAUAAUUGUUUUAAUAUAAUAAAAAAUACAUAUUACACACAAAAAAAUGUUCAGCUUUUUUACAAAAAUAAAUGUGAUUAUAAUUGUAAUGAUAAUAAUCAAACGCAUAAAAAUAAAAGUGAUAUUACUAGCUAUUAUAACAAUUAUAAUAUAAGUGAUUCAAAUAAGGAUAUUGAUAAUAAUAACAAUAAUAAUGAUAAGAAAUAUUUUAAUUAUAUUGAUAAUAAUGAAGGUAAUUAUUAUGACUAUUAUGGAAAUCAUACACAAACGGACAGUAAUAGAAACAUUAAUUAUUUGCAUACAAAAAUAUUAAGUAUUUUAAAUAAAAGUAAAAAAAAAUUAAAUUUUUUAAAACAUGAAAAUUAUAAAAAUAAUAAUUUUAAUUCCUUUUCUUUAAAAAUAAAUAACAAGCAUAAUAAACAUAAUUUAAAAAAAAAGGAGAAAUAUAAAUUUAAUUUAUAUAUAAGAAUGGAAUAUUGUAAUAACACAUUAGAAAAUUAUAUUAAUAGGAGAACAUAUAUUAAUUUUAAAAGAAAUCAAGAAAUUAUCCACAUGAUAAUAAUGGGAUUACAUUACAUUCAUAAAAAUAACAUAAUGCAUCGUGAUUUGAAACCAUCUAACAUAUUCAUUUGUGAUAACAACAUUGUUAAAAUAGGUGAUUUUGGUUUAGCUUCUUAUGAUUAUUUAGAUGUAAAAAAAAUUAAUAUGCAUUCAAAGAAAUGUUCAGUUGCAAAAAAAAUUCAUAGCAUAAAUGAGAUGCAUUCUGAAAAUAACUUUAAUAUGAAUUCAAAUGAAAGCAUCAUAAAAAGAAGCUUAAAUAACCAAAUUAAUAUUAAAAAAAAAGAAAACGAUAAUUAUGCAUUAUCAUACUUAGGUAGAAAAAAAGUAUUUUAUCACUUAAAUAAAGAAAUUUUUAAGAAAUAUAUAGAAAAUGAUAAAAAAAACUUUUCAUCAAAUUAUGAAUGCUUUAAUAAUUUACAAAACAAAAUAAUAAAUCAUUUUUAUGAGUUAGAUAAAUCAGAAGAGUAUAAUAACUUACAAAAAUUAAAUAAGCUAGAUAAAUUAGUUGAAUUAAACAAGUCAAAAAAAUUAAAAGUAACAAAUGAGCUACAUAUAUCAAAUAAGUUAAGCCAAUUAAGGAAGUUAAAAAUUUUAAACAAUUUUAAAGAAUCAAAUAUAUUUCAUAGUAAUAUAGAUAACACAGAAACAUCUGAACAUAAGCAUAUCAAGGAUAAUUUUUCUAUUAAUAAUAAUGAUAGAUAUGAUAAUAAUGAAAUAUGCAUAGAUAAUCAAAACAGUAUAAAUGGAAUUUUUACAUUUAAAAAAACUCAGAAUAGUAAAAAUUUUACGCCUUAUGAUAAAAAAAUAUGUGGUAAAACUAUUAGUAACACAAAUAUAAAUAAAUAUAUGGAGAAUCAAAAUAAAGACAAAAAAAAAGAUAGUAAGUCUGUAAAUUGUGAUACCAUGAAGAAUCUUUUUAUGAUUUCUAAGAAAAGUAACAGUACUAAUAUUGUAUUAAGUAAGAAUAAAAAAAAGAAGACUAGUAAAGAUGAGAAUAAUAAUAAAAAAAAUUCUUAUCGUUGCACUACUAAGAAAACAUUUUUAUUUAAUUCUUUAAAAAGAUACAAUAGAAAUAGUAAGUACAAAAACAAAAGAAAUAAUUUUAAAGAAUGUAACUUUUAUUUAUUUCAAAACAUUAAUAAUAAUAAAAUGUUCAAAAAAAAGUAUUUAAAGAAAAAAGAAUCUUGUAACUAUCAGACAAAAAUAUCAGAAAAAUCCAAUUUUAGUUUGAAAGAUAAAAUGGAAUCUUAUCAUACUCUAGGAAUUGGUACGAAAAUGUAUUCAGCUCCUGAACAACUAAUAGAACAUAAAUAUACAAAAGCAGUUGAUAUGUUUUCUCUUGGUUUAAUUAUCGUUGAUCUAUUUACGAGAACUAAAACCAACAUGGAAAGAACGAAAAUUUUAUGUAAUGCAAGACAAAGAAUUUUACCAGAUUUGCUAAUUAAAAAACAUCCAAAUGUAGCAAAAUUAUGUAAAAAUUUAUUAUCAUUAGAUUAUAAAUCUAGAUUAACAUCAGAAGAUUUAUACAAUAAAAUAUUAACUGUAGGUAAUGUGUUUUAUUUUAACAAAUAA